GAUAUAAAAAUGUCAAAAAAAUAUUUUUUAGUUCGAUUUGAAACAGAGAAAGAAAGUUCUAAACAAAACAAAAAACCAUAUACCAGAUAUGUCAGAAUGGUCAUCGGAAAUAUGGGCAAUGGCAACGGGAAGUACAUUAAUAUAUAUGAUAUUUUUUCUAUUUUGUUUUGCAACAGCCGUACCAAUAGUACGUUUUUUGAAUUUCAGAUUAAAAGUACAAACAUUUAAAAAUCUACCAUUAUGUGUUGAUGCAUUGGAUAAAAGAACUGGUGGUCCAAGCACUUUUCUUUAUCGUUCACAUUUGAAUCGAGUAGAAGAAAUGAAGCAACUACAACAAUUACAACAAGAAGAAGAACUAAAACGAAAACAAGAAGAAUUAAAACUGCAACAACAACAACAAUUUUUACAACAAACAAUGAAAAUGAAUGAACCUGGAAUGACAGCAUUGCAAAUGAAUAUACCACCACAACCAAUGGAUAUGACAAAAUUACCAAUGAAUUUGCCACCACAGCAAAUGACAAUAACACCGCAACAACCAUCACCAACAAUUAAGACAAGUAAAAAAGAAAAAUCACCAGCAAAAUUAUCAUAUAUUUCAAGUCAAGUAUCAUCACAAUCAUCAUCAAAAAUAGCAUCAACUGCAUCAUCAUCAUCAUCAUCAUCAUCAGCAUCACCAAAACCAAGAAUAAAAUAUUCAAAACGUAGACAAAAAACUCGAUAUCCUUCUCCACGUCCACAACGACCACCAAGACAAAAAUCACGACGACGAAAAUGACAUGUGAAUGCAUAUCUGGAUGGGAUAGAUAGUUAAUAUAUUUCUACAACAAAAACAAAAAAUUACUUUUUUCAAAACUUAGUACUUUUUACAUAUUACUUAUGA